AUGGAGCUCGAGAAUAUCGUGGCCAAUACGGUGCUGCUCAAGGCGCGAGAGGGUGAGGAGCCGGCCUGGGGACGCAAGGGGCGAGCGCGUGAGGGAAACUGAGGGAAGAAGGAGCCCAGGAAGCCCCCCGGUGCCGUUGGGCGAGCGAGGGCAUGGCGGCGCCCUCCCGGCCCGGGCAUCUCCCCUCCUGCUCGGGGUCACUCCUUUCUCACGAGCCGCGGAGCUGCGCGUGGAGCGGCGGCGCCUGAGGCAGCGAGAGAGGUUCGCGGGCUGGGCGAGGCGAGAAGCGCGCUCCCCUUGCUGAAGGAGAGCCCUUCGGAGCCCGGCGUUGAGUGCCCGGCAGCGGUGGGGUGGGGAUGGGUGGCCGCUGUCAAAGGCGCGGGAGGGAGGCGGAGAGGCGGCGUUGCGUGUUAUGACCCGGCCCGCCAGCUCUUUCUCCUUCUUCUUCCUCCCCCCGCCACCCCACCCCUCUUUCCUCCCUCCCUGUGUGCUGGUGGGGGGGGGUGUAUAUCCGAAAGUAGAAAAACUGCGGAGCUUUGGAGUUAAGGACCAGCCAGCACAUGCUUAUAGAGGCCUCACAAAAGACCGAGGAACGUAGUGACGUGGGUUGUGGCCGAAUGAUGCUUUCUGCAGACACGGUUCGUUGCUUUUAUCUGGCAGCUUCCUCUUGAUAAAGGCUUUGAACUGUUCUUGUUCCCCGGAACCGAUGUAGAGAUCAGUGAAAGUUUGCACUCUUCGCCAAAAACGCUCAUAAGAAGCACUCGCCUAAAUAUAGGGCUGCCAUCUCACCUCCCUAGACUGAGAGGAGCUAAUAAAUUGACAAGAUUUGGAAGUCUUCAGGAUUAUGGAUGCUAGUAGAGUCAGAGGCAUGCUACCCAUUGCACUACUUAACUCUAGGUGGAGCAUCAGAAGUUGUUGGUUUUUAAAAAAAUAUUGUAGUAGUAGUACAUCUCUUGAAUGGGUUUCCUCACAGAAACAAUGUUCUGUUGCCAUAGAGCAGCAGAGAUGUUCUAGAAUUGGCUUCUGACUUGGCAUAUGUGCAUGAGAUUCCAUAAGGGACCGCUGCAUUAAAAAACACAGGUCUGAGUACUGGAAUCUUCCCCCGCUUUCUUUAGCAGACUUUGGGAAUGCUUUUUAUUGGGAUACUCUGCUACCAGAUACUUUCCUCUGUGUCAAAAUUGUAAGCCUUAAAUUUAAGGGAACAAUUUGGCUUUGUAGUAGUGAGUCAUUUUUGUGUAUAACCAGACACAGGCUUAUAUUUAAGAGUCUGAAAAACAGAGGGUUCACAUCUCACUAAUGAGGUAAUGUAAAAUGUGAAAGCAACUUUUAUCAUUGUCUUUCUUUUGAUCAUCUGCACAUGGAGAAGAAAAUGAAUGAGGAAGAAGAUGAAGCAACCUUUUCCCUUACUGCAGAAUACAUUCUUUCCACAGUCUUAGAUACCAUCCUGGAGCAGAAGUGUCAGUUUAGUUUGCUCCUCAACUCUGAUUUCUUUACUCCUGUUUCCACUAUUUUAUUUAGAAAAGUUGCAGAUCUUAGCAAGUAGAACCCCACUUGACAAUUUCCAGAGGGACAACCACCUGUUGCAACAAAAAAUAAAGUAUUGUAGCACCUUAAAAACUACGUAUUAUGGCAUAAGCUUCUGUGGACUAUAUUCUAGUCCUCAAAAGCUUGUUCCAUAGUAAAAAUGAUAGUCUUUAAUGUAGCUUUCCCAACCUUGGGGUCUUCAGAUGUUGUUGGACUACAGCUUUCAUAAUCCGUGACUUUUGGCUAUAAUGGCUGAGGGUGAAGGGAGCUGUAGAUCAGCAGGAUCUGGGGACUCACAGGGGUGGCGCUGUGGUCUUAUCCACUGAGCACUUGGGCUAAACAGCGUUUCUGUGCGCUGCUCUGGUUUUGGUGUUCUGUUGCACCAGAAGCUGCUUAGUCAUGCUGGCCACAUGACCCGGAAAAACUGCAGACAAAUGGCGGCUCCCAUGGCCCAUAAAGCGAGAUGAGCGCCUCAACCCCAGAGUCGCCUGUGACUGGACUUACGGUAACUGUCAGGGGUCCUUUACCUUUACAGCAGGAUUUGGUAGAACUGUCUUUGUAGCUGCAUAUGAAUCUCUAUAGAUCCACUUAUUUUGAAUUACAGUGGUACCUUGGGUUAAGAACUUAAUUCGUUUUGGAGGUCCAUUCUUAACCUGAAACUGUUCUUAACCUGAGGUACCACUUUAGCUAAUGGGGCCUCCCGCUGCUGCCGCACAAUUUCUGUUCUCAUCCUGAAGCAAAGUUCUUAAUCCGAGGUACUAUUUCUGGGUUAGCGGAGUCUAACCUGAAGCAUCUGUAACCCGAGGUACCAUUGUAUAUGUCCUCUUUUUGCUAGUCAGUAAGAAGGGGCAUGAGAAUACUGAAGUCACACCACCUGAAUGUGGAAGUCCUAUCCCCCUCUGGUUUAGUUCUUGAGACUUCCAAGCACUUAUGUCUUGUAAAUGAAAACUGGGCGCCUUCAGUUGCUCAGUUCUCAACUCAGAACCAAAUUCUGUGUAAUGUUAUGGUAGCACAGUAGAUUAUACCUACCCCAUAGUUUUCAAUUAGCCUACUUCACAGUAUGCUAUAAACACACUGCCUAAUUAAUAUCUUCAUUCCAGCCAGACGAUACUCAGCCUUUAAUGCAAAAUUAUUAUUAUUUUUUUUAAUUUUUAUUAAGGUUUUUUAUUGCUAGCUGAGGUUGUGUUGCUGAAGGUUUUGGCUGCCUAAGUUGUCCUGGCAUUUAUUUCACUCUAAAGACAGUGAAUAUAUAUAUUUUUUAUAAGAUAUUUAUUGAAAUUUUCAAAGUGUUACCAAAUAAAAUAAAAGCAGUAGAAAAUACAAAAUAAAAAUAAUUAACAAAGUAGAAAGGAAAAAAAACAUACCCCUUCCAACCGUAUGAAUACAAAUUCAAAGAUAAGAAAAAGUGACAAAAAAAUAAAUAAAUACAGAAAUACAUCACACACAAUUAAAAAACAUUUAAAAACAAAUUCAUUAUUCUCAAAUCCUCAACUGUCAUUACCUUCUUUCUUUGACCUCCUCCUCCUCCCUUUCUUUGUAUCCUAGUUAUUAAUUAUCCCAGCAAAUCCUUUCCAUAUUUCAUAAUAUUCUGUCAUUACAUUACCCUAAACUGUUUUAAUCUUAUCUUUCUAUAAUAAAAUAAACCUUAAAGCUUGAAACUUAAAUCUUAUCCUUACCAACUUCUCAUAACCAUAAUAUUCUUUCAUAAUUCUUUAAACAUCUUUACUAAAGCCAAGUAAUUUCAUUCCAACAUUUUUCUAACAUUCAUCAAUUUUAUAAAACAGUUCUAAUGGUAGAAAAAAGAAAUACAAACAAAUCCAAUCUUCAUCCAACGUCCCUUCCUCCUGGUUCUGGGUUUUGUCAGUCCUUAUUAUCCCGUCGAUCUAGCCCAUUAACCUGGCAGCCUUAUAUCCGAGGCCGUCAAGUCUCUUCCAUGUCCCUUCCGCAGCUCUUCUUCAUAUUUGUAACUGUAUUUUCCCUUAUCUCCUGCUCGUGGUAACUCCAGCUUGGCAAUAUUUUUAACCCUUCUCGACAGGUCAGCCCCUUUUCCAUAUUCAACACUGAAUUCCAUAUGGUAUUUAAAAGCAUGUUUCAAAGACCCUCCAAAAUUAAGAGCCCCCACAAUCCCAAACAUCUCACGGCCCAUUGCCAGAUUUGAAAAGUCCAAACAUCCCAGCAUAGGGGGGUCAAUCCAGCCCCCAUUUCCAAGCCAAACCAAACUUUUUCUUUCCAAAUCUGGCUUUUUCCAAGUUCAUUUGUCAAAUCCGAAACUCAUAUUCCUGUUGGGCCUGUUCUGUCAGGACACACUCCUGAUUUAAUUCCUGAGUGGGCUCCACAUAUUUUCCCACUGUCUGUUCAAAAUUUCCCACUGCCUGUUCAAAAUUUCUAGUCGAAGUCGCCAUCCAAUUCACCUUUUCAUGUAAUUGUUCCAGUAGGGCAUUUGUUUUAUAGAAAGCACACAACAAAGCUUCUGAAUACAUUGUCCUGCAAGGUCAAAUGCCUGUUCCCAGGAUUGUUAUCUGUAACAGCUGCCGGCUCCCUGGAGUUGGUUACAGUUACACAGUCUACCUCUAGGGGGAAAACUUCUAUUUGUUCUUGCAACACAGUUUCCCUUUUUGAGAUACUUUGUCAAUAUUUGUUGCUUAAAGAUGCGAAGGGAAGCAGUGGAAUCGCUAUGUUUCUCUUCUUUUAGCUAUCUGUCAAAAACGCUUGUCUCUGGUCAAUGAACUUCAAACGUCAGUCCUGACACCCCGCUCCAGGAUCAGGACAGAGGAAAGUUACUUUACUUUAAACUCACUUUAAACAGUCCGGAAAAGAUCCCCCUCCUUCUCCUGCUGUCGAAGGGGGGUCCACAAUUUUAAAUGAUGAAAUCCAAUCCUUUAAAGGCGAUUUUCUAAGCUCUAGUUUACGCUGUCUUUGCUUUAUUCUGUCUACAGAAGAACGGAAGGCUGACUUCCUGUUUAAACCUUCCCGUUCCGUACCAAAUUUAAAUAGGUUUUUAAAAUCCAGUUCCUUUCUGCUCGCAAGUCCUUAUCUAAUGUCCAAUUGUUCAAAGUCUAAGUACUCACGGGUGCUUAUUUUAGAGUCUGAAUUGUCCCAGGAAAAAGGCAGCGCUCUCCGGCAACGGCUGUGCGGCUUCGCUCCACGGAAAUAGCAGUUGACUCACAGCACCGCGCCACUUCCCCCUCUUCACUUCGGAGCCCGUUAGUGGGUUCCUUAGCGAGUUGGGGGGGCGCUAAAGGUGCCCGCCGAGUCCCAUGGUCACAGGCUUCAUCCGCCUGUGAUUUUUAAAAGGGUCCCCGCUUCGCCGUAGCGGAAAAGACCCGUUUCCCGCGGAGCUAGUCCCUCCUGUUCAGAGGGAGUCCACCAUUGCCGGUGGCGCCACCCCGGAAGUCCUAAAGACAGUGAAUAUUAAAGCCAUCACUGUCCAUUCUUAGCUUGCCACCCUAGCUUUUUCAGCCAUACAUGCCAUUCUCCUAAAAGCUUUUUUAUUAUACAGGUAUAUACCGUACAUCCCCACACCAGCCAUCUAAAUGCAUAAUUUGUGUGAAAUGAAAGUAAAUCAACCAAACUGUCGUGCAAGUCUUAAAUGUAGAACGUUUUAUAGUGGAAGUGGCCCAAGCAUGAAAGAGCUACAACAUAAUGCUAAUCAAAAGAGAUUUUAAGAGCUUUGUACUCUCUGGCUCUUUGGCAGUGAAUCUGGGUUCCUUUCAUCCAGAGAAACAGGUGUUUCUUGAUCAUUUGGUUACUUCAACAGACAGAAGCUGUAUAAAGUUAGAAUUUCUAAGAACUGCUCUUGUUAAAGGCCUUGUUAAAAAAAAGAAACAAACCCUAAACCUUAGAAUUACAGCAAAUGUAUAUUCCAUGGGUAGGCAACCUGAGGCCCAGGGGCUGGAUCCGGUGCCUUCUAAAUCUGGCCCGCGAACGGUCCACGAAUCAGCGUGUUUUUACAUGAGUAGAAUGUGUGCUUUUAUUUAAAAUGGAUCUCUGGGUUAAUUUUGGGGCAUAGGAAUUCAUUCAUCCCCCCCCCCCCCCGCACAUAAGGUCUGAGGGACAGUGGACUGGCCCCCUGCUGAAAAGUUUGCUGACCCAUGGUAUAUUCAAAGUACUUAAUUCACAGGGUUUGUACUGCCAUGGAUUAAAGCAUUCAUAUACUGAAUCAUGGGAAGCCAAGAGUAAGAAUAUGGUGAAAGAUUAAAAUUGGGGUUCUUGAUUUAUACUAAGUUUUAUGAAGUGGGUUGUGAAGCAAAAAUAACAUGGGCAGCUUCUUUCUCUCAUCAGAUUGGGAUGAGAGAAUUGAGGAAUGGAUUUUUUGAUGAGAAAUAAAAAUAGAGUUCAGCAUUGAUAAACUUAAGGCUGUAUGAAAUCUGUAUAUGAUACUGAGGCCUAAGUAUUCCUUGCCAUGAAUUACUGAUCUUUGUUUUUAAGAGAAGCUGCCAGGCCAUUAGGCCUGAAAGGCUUUCUGGCAAGAGUUUAGGGUUCCCCAUCACUUCUUCUAUUCAGUUUUUGUCCAAAUGGAAUUGGGUCCAAUUUAAAUAUCCAUUAAAUGUUUCACAUUUGGCUGGGCAAUAGAAGAUGACCAGACGUUUCUGUAUUGUACAUGGGCUCAAAGGUCCUGAAGACAUCUGCUUUAACUCUUAAAAGUAAGUUUCUAUAUGCCUUGAAAAUUGGAUGGCAUUAGGUCUUCAAUGUGCGAACAAUAAGAUAUACAAUUUUAGAUCUUGUGAAUUGGGUCUCUCUGAAUCCAUAUAAUGAGUGAUGGGCUUGCUCAUAAUUGUGAACAUAUGAAGCUAAGCAGGCUGGAGUUCUUGAUCGUGCCAGGUAGCUGAAAAGCUUAGCUUGUGUAAAACUUCAAUUCUCUCCCUCCCCCUGACCUUUUAGCUUGUCAGGAAUUAUUUCUUGGGUAUACAGCCUCAAGGAAGGUGAGCCUGUGAAGACUAAAAUCAAUAAGAAAAGUCAUUUGAUUUUAAGUAGGCAUAUAAAAGUUUGCCAUGUAUAGAUUGUUGUUCUAUCUCAUCGAAGGAAAUGUAACUACUCAGAAAUGGCUAUGGUAGCAUUCGAGAAGUUGCUUUAUAUACAAUAGCCACUAAGAACUACCAUUUCCAUGAAUUUUUUAUGCACUGUUUUGUAAUUGAGUUUAAGUAGCUAUGUAAAUUAGAUGAAGCUGUUGAGCUCAUUGUACAUUUCCAGCAUGCCCUGUUAAAGCCAAAUGUGACAAUUUUUCUAUAUAGAAGACACUUCUGUUCAGGAAAACAGAAAGGAAAGUGCCUGUACACAUUCAAGAUGCUGAUGAUGCUGAUGAUGAUUAACCUAGCACCAUAUGAACACUUCACAAAAAAUAGAUAACAGGUCCCUAGUUGGACUUACAAUCUAAAAUAAACAUAGGGAAGCAAUGGAGGAAGGGAAAUGGAGGCAUGGGUAGAUGAGAUCUGCUACAGAAGAUGUGCUACACAUGCAUUUAUUAGCACGCAAAUAUUUCAGUACAUGCACUGAAACCCACUUAGCAGCUUGUGUACAAAAAGAUAUACACUUGGUUGUUUGCGUGGUCUUACAUAGGAGUACUGUGACUAGGAACUAUUCAUUUGAAAUAGCCUUUGAUGCUGAACAAGUUGCCCAAUCCUCCUUUGUUCAGAGCUACUUACAGGAGAAGCAGCUCCUCACACCACAGUAUAUUGCCUCUUCAUGUACUUCUAGCCUUGGCUUAUUCCAAACUGAAAUGUUCUGCAACUCAAAUGUUGUGAACUGCCCUGAAAUCCAUGGGUAUAGCAGAAUACAAAUUUAAUAAAUAAUAAUUAUUAUUACUGCUUGCUAAAACAACUAUAUUCUGGUUCAGGCUCACUGCUGACUUAUGGGGCUGUGACUUAUGCCUCAUUAACAGAUUCUCAUACUUUUUAGGGUAACCCUCUUAUGGUAAUAACAGCAGAAUUAGGAGGGAAUUGAAUAUAUUAUUCACUUAAAUUGUACAGAUCCCUAUGAGAUGGUGAGCUUAAGUGCAGGGCUGUAUGUACUGUCAUGUUAAUGAACAUACUGUUCUAAGCUAGCCAAAAAACUAUACCAAGAAAAUUCUGAAUUCAACAACCUAUGUCCGUUAUGUAUGUUUACUGAUGCUACAUCAUUUUGCUUCUGCUAGUCAAAGGAAGAAGCAACCAGAUAUGACACCGAGGCAGCCCCCAUGGGCACCUGGAAAUCCUGCUAAGCCGCUUCUGGUUUAAAAAUGACAUAAAACCUUGGAAGCCAGUCUUAAACCAUAAGGGAUAAUUCAGCAUCUAACCAUUUCUUUUAUUUAUAUUUUAAAUGCUGAAAUUCUUAGGAGGAUGAAUUGUAUACAUAGUGGAUCCCAUGUUCAAAUACUUGUGAAAGGGGCUGGCUAUAUUUACUGGUGAUAAAGGAGAAGAGAAGAUUCAGGAGAAGAUACUGUACUCCCUCUGCCUUUCUCUUUAAUAAUGCUUCUGCUGCAGUAGCGCUGACCAGCAGAGAUAAAAUUGCAUGGAGUGGUGGUUGAGAUACUGUUUUCUUUCUUUCCCUUUGUACUGAGUUGUAAUGGGGGGCGGGUGGACUUUCAGCUCUGGCCUUGUUGAGAGGUGAAGCUGGGGACUUUUUUGCAGCAGAGAUCUCUCAAUGCCCCACCUACCUUCCUUCAGUGAGAAAGUAUUGUGCAGCCCACUGCCUUGAUUCACUUCCUUCCUAGAUUUGUACAGUCAAUAAUAUGGCACAACUCUUAGCUUCUUUUAGGCAAUGCAUCUUUUCUUAUGGGGGGUAGGGGACAUAGACAAGAAUUGCUAUGGACCAUGCAUGUGUGUUCUUUCUGCCCCUAUCUUCCCCACAGCAGGAUGCCAAUGUAAAAUAUUUUAGAGUAGAACUUGUCUCAAAGCCACUGUUCCUUCUGUCUUAAAUGAUUUGCCUAAUGGACAGCACUCUGGCAAUUAUUUCCAUAUAAUAAUGUUAUGUUGGAGCCAUGUUUCUUAGAAGUGCUUAUCUCCUCCCAUUUAGCCAGUUUCUGUUGAUUAUAAUGGAGCUGUAGUGAAUAUAGCCUUUAUUUAAUAAGUUGGCUGAGGGUGGGUAACCUCAGGCCCAGGUGCCAAAAGUUGCCCUCAGACCUCUAUCUAGCCUUCAGGUCUGUGCCAAUGCAGUGCCUCCUCCCCAGGUCACCACCCCUCACUGGCCUUGCACUUCAUCUUCCUAUAGUGGUUUUGUGUCCUUGAACUGCAACCAUACCUCUUGGUUGCUUGGAUGGAUGGAUGGAGAGGGUUGUUUGUCUGACCACACAGGUAGGUGUCCCUUGCAUUGAAAAACACCCCCCCCCAGUCUAGGCUAUCAGGAAUUCCAUUCAGACGAAUACAGGUGCCCCCCCCCUUACAUGGGGGUUACGUUCUGGGCCCCCACGCACAUAAGCAUGGAAAUACAGAUUAUUAACCCUUUAAUAGGCUAGCACCCCGUGUUGGCUGGUACAGUACCAAGAUGUAGUAGGCACUAUAUUAUAUGCAGCUGGCUACUUCCCCUACCCUCAUUUGAAUAGCCUGUUGUAGUGGCAGUAAGUAGACACAAUAAACCAGACUGGCAACCUGUAGUUUAUCCAUGUUGCUGAGGGCUGGCUUGUUUUAGUUGUCUUGUACUGCUGACGGGUAUGUAUAGAUUGAACAGCUUAGCAAACUUCAGUCCUGCUCAUAUAUGGCAGGCUCAUAUAUGCUUGGCAGGGGGUUGGACUCGAUGGCCCUUGUGGUCUCUUCCAACUCUGAUUCUAUGAUUCUAUGAGCAGUAAUUGCAGUAAGAAGUGUGAGUCGAUGCUGGAAUUGUAUGUGGCAAAUGCAGAUUUAAAACUUUCUUCAGUUAGGAAGUUAAUGGGUAGUCUGGCAUGUCACUGUUUCUUGGCCUCUGCAGAUUUUAGAACUAUGCUUGUCCAAUUCAGUUUUGUUAGUGUGGGAAAGAGACCUAAGUAGUCUCAUGCAGUCUGGAAGUCUUUGCUCAGGGCUGUUAAAAAGGCCUAAUCAUGCGACCUUGCUGGGUGGGAAGGAGGUGGCUUCCCUGUAGGCUCACUUUUUCUUCUGAUGGUAUGUGGUGUGUAUAGAAGUAGGUGGUAUGUAUAGAACAAGCAGUAUUUUCAAUCCCUAAAUCUUAUCAUGCAGAAUAGUGCCUGAAGGCAAGCUAGAAGGCCUGGGCAAUUAGCCCUAAUACCGCCUAUUAGCAUGGUAAAAUCUGCAGUGCCAGUUAGCCUCCUUCGUUCAAAAUGCUAAUUAACUAUCCCUUUAUUCAUUGGAAGAAAGAACUAAAGCAAUAGAUAUCCUCAUGCACUGUUUCAGACUGAAGUGGUUAACUUAUGGCUAACAUUUGAAUCAGUUUCAGCACUUAAGUUGAAAUUUAGGUAUGGCUGUGUCAAUAAAUUCUUCCUUCUUGGCAAUUAGGUAUAUUUUAAUUUAGUCAAUCAUGUAAUAGGCUUAUGUUACAAAAUGAAUAUGGAUUUUGAAUUUGAUUUUUGUAAAUUUUUUUCGGUUUUGGAAUAAAGUUUUAAAAAAAUUCUUCAUUCUUGGCAUUUGGUUACUUGACUGUAAUGCGUACUUGUAACUGUGGUAUGCAAGACACUCUGAACUAUCAUAUUUCAGUGCAUUGUAUAUCCAGCCAACUGAAGGUUAGCUCAGGGAGACAAUCUGUGACCUUAACCAAGUUCUUAACCUGAAUAUUUGAACUUUUCUGAAAUGGUGAUGUGGACAGUACUCAGAAAAGUCUUGGAGCAAAUUUGGCCAAUUAUUUCCUGACCACCUUUAAAAGGAAUUCUGAUAUGACUGAAAUGUUAAUAACAGAACAUCAGAGGGUGAACAUACUGAUCAGCGUCUGUUCUUGGUUUUCCUGCUGAUCCCCCCCCCCCCAAUUCUGUGUCAUGCAGGUGGAGGAGGAAACCGAAAAGGCAAGAGUAAAAAAUGGCGCCAAAUGCUACAGUUCCCACACAUCAGCCAAUGUGAAGAUCUUCGGCAUACUUUGGGUAAGGAGCAUGCUUGCAUUGGGGAGAUGCUGUCUUCCCUGCUUUCUUGUGUAUGGCGUGGAAGUGGCUGGGUUACAAAGAAGCCUUGAGUACUUGGCAUAAGAUCUUAUACAUUCACCCUAUUGUAAGCUAUGCUUGUUCAUAUGAUUGCCUGAUGAUGCAGGAUUUUGUGGCGGUAGCAUUGUCAUUACCAAACACUCCUGUGCAAUUAUUUUGCCUUAGUAUUGCAUCACCAUGACCCUCUGGCAGCAUUGUGAGAGGUUCUAGUUCAGUAAUAGAGCAUAUACUUUAUAUGCAUUAAGUCCCAGAUGCAGUCUUGGGUAUCUGAACUGGGAACUGCCUCUGCUUGAGAUGUUGUAGAGUAGCUGCUACUCAAGAGCAGGCAGUAUUGGGCUAGAUGGACCAGUCAUCAGACUUGGUACAAGGUAUCUUCAUAAGUUCAGGGAUGCCUUUCUCCUCUUGCAAAGUUUACCCAAUCUCAUUUUAAGCAGCUACUUUACUGCUCUCCUUAAUUCCACUUGCUUUCCCCUGAGAAUCAGUUUUUAUUCCAGCUGUGUCAAAAUCCAAGCAGUCUCCUCUCCCACUUCUAUUGGCUUAAUCAUUCCUGGGGAACUCCAGCCAUUUCUUCCCUGAUCCCUUUGAAGUGCUUAUGAAGUAUUGGGGAAAACUGCAUGUCAGUUUAGAGCAGGGGUCAGCAACCUUUUUCAGCCAUGGGCCAUUCCACCAUCCAUCAGACCAUGUGGUGGGGCAGACUAUUUUUUUGGGGGGGGGAAUGAACAAAUUCCUAUGCCCCACAAAUAACCCAGAGAUUCAUUUUAAAUAAAAGCACACAUUAUACUCAUGUAAAAACACCAGGCAGGCCCCACAAAUAACCCAGAGAUGCAUUUUCAAUAAAAGGGCACAUUCUACUCAUGUAAAAACACACUGAUUCCCGGACCGUCGGCGGGCCGGACUGAGAAGGCGAUUGGGCCGCAUCCGGCUCCCAGGCCUUAGGUUGCCUACCCCUGCUUUAGAGCCUGUAUUCCUGCUCCAAGUUGGCCUGCUUGCUUCUUUUCUUCCACCUAUUAACUGUACAGCUCUUCAUCUCUAAUUAUAGUGAACAAAAAAUGCUCAUUGAGAAGGCUGUGAGCAGUUAGAUGUGGUAUGGGAAAACUUGAACUGUUGCCUGGCAAGUUGAAAUCAUGCAGUCUUCUAGCUUAAGCUUGGUUUCUGAAUUGCAAUUAAAGCAAUUUCUUCUUAAAUGCUAGCUGGGGCCUCUUUCACUAUCAGGAUGCCAGCCCACAGACCUAUCCAAGGGGAAAGUUGUUGACUUUCUCUGUAGAGCAUCCCUUCAAAUCAGGCCUGGGGCGCUUGCAAUUCUCCAGAUGUUUCUGCUCUUUGACUGUUGACCAUGCUGACCAGGGCUAAUGGAAGUUGGAGAGGCACAUGUUCUCCAGACAGGCUUCAAAUUACUGGUGACAAAGGAAUUCUUGGGAGUGACAAAAUUGUGAAAAUAGCCCAAGGUGCAGAAAAGAAUGCUGCACAGAGUUUCUUGUUACUGACAGGACUUGCUCAGCCUGGCUGCAUUAGAAGCUCUUUGCUAUCGGGUGUAUGGUAGCUGUACAGAUUUCCUUGCAGUUGACAACAGUGGUUCUUGUUCCCAAGAUCAUGUGCCUUGAUACAGAAGUACCAUUAAUUAUUUAAAAAGAGGCCUUUUAUAGAUGACUUGAAUGCUACUCUAAAUCAAGAUUUAUCUGUUAGAUUUGGAUUUCUUUUGGUGGUGAUUAUUUCUGGAAGCCCAGCCAGAUGGGCGGGGUAUAAAUAAAUUAUUAUUAUUAUUAUUAUUAUUAUUAUUAUUAUUAUUAUGGAAUAAUGGUAUAAAUUAUUUUCUAGCACUAUAGAUUCUUUAAAGAAGAACUGGCAAUUUGAAUAGGUCUUUUGUGGUACUGUUUUUUUGUGGGGGGGUUUUGUAGAAGGAUGUUCCUUAAUUCUAAUAAACAUUCAAUAGUAACAUUGUUACUUUUCAAAUUUAUAACAUCAGGUUAUGGGUUUACCAUAAAAGGUUACUGAGAUGAGUGAGAGAAACUCAUUCCAUUAAACACUUGAUGAUUUGCUUACACCCUGGUCAUGCGGAUUUCUGGGCUACUAUUCAUAAGACUCUGAAUACUGAUUUCUGGAUUUCAUUCAGGCUAUUGGCCCAUCAAACUCAGCAUUUUCUAGACUACACAGACUUAGCAGCUCUUUGGGGUUUCACUUUCCCAACUCUGCCUGGAGAUAUCGGGGAUUGAACCUGGAACCCCCUGCGUGAAAAACAUGUGCUUUACCACUGCACUAUGGUCCUUUCCCUGAAAGAGCUUAAUGUGACCCUUCAGCUCAAUGUCCUUUUCAGUUUCUCUCCCUGUAUACUUCCCCCUCCCCCUUGUUGAUCCAAGCUGGACUAUGUCAGGGUUUCCUUGUGUUGUCCACAAUAAUGCCCAGUUGUGAAGUGGUUUCACUUUAAUAUUCCAUUUCCUUACAAUGUUCAUUAUCUUGUGUUCGACUGAAGAUAAAAAUCACUGCUGGUUUUCUGCCAGUAUUCUAGUGCUGACUCUUGAAACUUGCAUUCUUCCUUUAUAGCCUAGCCAUUUGUCCACUUUGAACUCAGUUGGCCUGGCUUUGUUUGGAUAACAUUUUUCUCUUUCACUAUCUUUGCUCUGGGAAAAGUCCCUGUUAUUUCCCUGUCCUCCUUCUAUCUCCUUAUAGUGUCUAGUUUGCAGCUUGCUAGAACGUUCUUCUGUCAUAGUUUGAACAAAAUAACUUUGGACAUGGUACAUUGACUAGGGAGCUGCUGGUUGUCUGGUGUAUUGUGUGUGUCUGUAAAAACUGGCUGUUCUUAGUAACUGUAUGAAGAAGUCCUAUUACAGGGGAGUCUGUGGCCCUCUAGAUGCUAUUAAAUUAUGGUUUCCAUCAACCCUGGCCAUUCGUGUUGCUGACUUGGGCUUCUGGGAGUUAAGGUCCAACAUUAGUUGGAUGGUAGGUUCUCCAUCCCUGCCUAUGGACUUUCUUUCUCUUUGAAAGAAUGGGGGCAACUUGAGAUUCCCUACUCUUUUAUACUUCUUGUGUGUUAAUUUCCUUUCCUCCCUCCCAUUAUGGAGACCUUGGACCAGGUUGGUUUAACACAGAGCUGCCUGCCUAGAGCAAAGCUCUUGCCUCUACAUGGCCGGGGUAGAAAAUAAUUUUUCUGCAAAAAGUGUCUAUUAUCCAGCAGAGCUAUGAAGAAUCCUCUAAUCCUGCCAGGUUCUGACCCCUUCACCUUCCUUCAUUCAAUACACUCAUUUCCUGCAAGAGAAGGAAAUGGUGCAGUUUGCAUAUGGCCCCUUCCCCCCCUCUCCACACUUUCUGCAUUGGCUUUGUUUUCUUUGACUGUAUUCUUACAUCAGGAAACCACAGCUUCCUUAGAGCAACUGCUGCACAGAAGAGAACACUUACAACAUGCUCCGUAAGAGAGUUGGGGUGGGGUGAUUUACAGAAGAACGGCUUCCUGGGAAGUGAUGAUUAAACUAAUUCCACCACAGUGGGUGGGGCCGUGGGCAUAGCCGGGGGGGGGCAGUGAGGGGCAGUUGCCCCCCAUCAAUAAAAAUCAAUAAAAAUACAUAGCUAACUGAGGUUCUGCCCCCCUAACAAAAGGCCUGCCCCCCCCCCCGAAAUCCUGGCUACACCUAUGGGUGGAGCUACAAAGUACUGCCAGGUUCGUUCAAAAUAUUGCCAGCUGUGGAAGAUAAACAAACCCAUAAACUGCAAGAAGCAUCAUCACAGUUCAGGGACACCAAUCAGCCAGGCUAAAGCACUCCAGGACAGUGUGGAGCAGGGAUGAGGAAGGGGCAUGACAUGGGGAGAAUCUCAAGGGCAGGGUAGAGGCUUGGUAGGCUGUAUUGGCACCUGUGCUUGAGGUUCCUCACCUCCAUCAUAGGGAUGGAAGCAUAGCUGGCCUGUUUCUUUCUUGCAAAGUUACAAGGUCCUGGAUUUCUGCACACGCCUCUUGAUCUGAGCAUGAAUCUUGAUUAGAAGGAGAAUUGGGGGCCCUGGAAAGGGAUCAUUAGCUACACUAGUCAGCCUGUACCCCACAGCCAUAACCUACCUCUCCAUAACCAUUGUGGUUUUUCUGUGUGCUUCAAGAAAUUAAUAAUUAAAGGAUUCUGCGAACCCAAAGCACUUGCCUACAGAUGGAGACUGCCUACUGCUUCUCCACAUGAUAUUGCUGUUCUGGCCUCGCUGCCUUCUAUUAGCCUCUGCUCAUUAAUUCUGCCAUAUCUCUGCAUCUUGUGUGAACUAAUCGUUCAGUUAUACCCAAUACAGCUGAAUUAAGUUACCCCGAGGAGGCUGACCUGUUGCUUCGCUGUUGACGUCACUUCUCUAGCUUUGUCCCCUUCAGAUUAGAAGACAUGCCCAGAUCAGGGGAAGAGGGCGGAAUCCUUUUAACAUGAUUUAAUAAUGUCGUUCCUCCUGUGGUGAGAAAGAGAGAGUAAAAUUGUUGAUCAUUGUCUUUCUGUAUGAAUAAUUGAAAGCAAUAAAAUGUAAAUUUCAAAAAUAAUGUCACUCCUCUUCUCCCUACUCCCUCCAAUUAAGUCAGCGAUGUGAAGGAGAGGGAACAACACCUCUGGUGUAUAGACUUCAGUUUGAGAGUAUAAAAUCAAGCCAUGAAAAAUUAACCUAAAUUUUGGGACUUGAUAUGUCUGACUUGUAGUUGUGCCAAGUAACUCCUCUGGUGGACAAGCUGACCUGUCUUUAUUAUUAUAGCCAAAAUGGGGAGUGGGGGGACACACCCUCAUCCACUCGAACAAACCUAUGACGCCCCAAAAGGCAAAAACAUGAAAAGAAGCAAGCCUUAAGCUGGUGCCUGAUAAGAUCUCCCCUCCUCUUCUGAACAAGUGUUAAAUAGUCUGUACUUUGAUUUAAAAUACCAGCAGCACCUUCCUAGGGAUCAAUGAGUUGUGGUAUGAGUUGUGGUGAUUCUGUCACAUAGAAAAAGAAAAAAAAGGUUUAUUGAUAUCCUGCUAGAGAAGAUAUGCAGCUGUGGAUGUUUCCAUCCUGCUGCAAAGAGAUUUAAUAUCCCCUUGUAUAGAUGCGGGGAACCUGGGGCUUUCCAGAUAUUGCUGGGCCACAACUUCCAUAAUUCCUGGUACCGGCCAUGCUGGCUGUGGCUGAUGGGGGUUUGGUGUCCAACAUCAUCAGGAGGGUGACAAGUUCCCCAUUCCUGCCAUACGAGUUACCAGAUAUAUUGCUUGGAAAUUCCAGAGGCCUUUCUCCUGGGCAUAGUCGGCCAAUUGGUGCCAAAGAAGGACAGAACUUUUUUUAUGUACGCCACAACAGCAGCAAGAAUACUCAUUGCAAAGUAUUGGAAGACACAAGAUCUACCCACUCUGGAAGAAUGGCAGAUGAAGCUGAUGGACUAUAUGGAACUGGCAGAAAUGACUGGCAGAAUCCGAGACCAGGGAGAAGAGUCGGUGGAAGAAGAUUGGAAGAAAUUCAAAGACUACCUACAGAAAUAUUGUAAAAUUAAUGAAUGUUAGAAUGAUGUUGGAUAGAAAUUAAGUGGUUUCCAGCUGUAAUGCUUUAAGGGAAUAUGAAAAAUGGGUUGUUAAUAGGUAAAAAUCUAAUGUUACUAUUUUAAGACCAAAGAUUAGGAUAAACAAAGAGGGUAAGGAUUUGCUGAACCAACAAAUUGAACUGGAAUACAAAAAAUGGAGGUAUGAGGAGGUCAGGGAAACAAGCUAAGGAAAAAUAAGUAAUGGAAAAAUUGAGUGGUUUUUAAUCAUUUUUAUUUUGUAUUUUGUAUUUUUCCUUUUUUUCAUUUUUUUUGGUCAUUUUUAUAUUGUAACAUUUGGAAAAUCUCAAUAAAUAUCUUAUAUAUAUAUAAAAAAGAAAUUCACUCUCUGCUCCAUGAUUCAGCUGUGGCCAUUCAGGUUCCUAAACUGAUAAGCAGUUGAGUGACUUUGCAAAAGCAGUUCCGUGCAGUGGCCAGAAGGAAAUGUCAGUUACUCAAGAGAGCACUUAAAUUCUUGAAGAUAAAGAUUUAACAUGAAGAUCUUAUGGCUAGGAAUUAAAAUGAGUCAGACACACAGGUUAUCUGCUCCAUUGAAUAGCUUUCAGGACUUGGAAUGGACCCUUCUCCUAAUCUUUGAUUGCUAAAGUGGUUGCUUCAGAUCAGAUCAAGUAAAUUCUUUUGAAAAUGGAUUUAGUGUCCUCCUCUCUUAAAUGUUCCCUGAUUGUGGUAUGGGUUAGUAGCCGUUGACUAAUGCUUCUUUUCUUUCCAGAGCGGGACUACCACAGUUUGUGUGAGAAGCAGCCCAUUGGUCGUUUGCUUUUCAGACUGUUUUGUGAAACACGGCUUGAGCUUAUGCGCUGCGUCAAGUUCCUGGAUGCUGUGGUAAGCACACCUAUGUGAGAACCCCUUCCUGGGGGUUAAGCAUGGGAGCUGAUUAACUGUAAGUUUUGAAGGAAGGGAUCCUGGCAUGUGGCCUAUUGCAAAUCCGAGUUUAUGGAGGUGGCUUUAUUCUUACCUCAUUACUUUCACAUUAUUCAUAUUCUGCUCAUAGUGGAGUCUGGAAUAGGUGUGGUGGUUCUUGGACUAUACAAGAAUAUGUGCUUGAUUUGCAUCAUUUCUGCAUUUUUAUUCUUGGAAGAGGUAUGUAGAAUAAUUGAAUAUUGCUUUCUUAUCCUCAUUCUUACAUAGGCAGAAUAUGAAGUAACCCCUGAUGAAAAACUAAAAGAGUGUGGACAGCUCCUGAUUGAGACGUAUUUGACCCCUAAGGUGAGAUUUGCAUUAGCUAAAAAGAGGGAAAGUUGCCUUAAUGAGAGCUGCACUUGCCCUAGACUAAGCUGGGUCAAGGAUAUGCCUAAAAUAUUACCAACAGGGAGUAAACAUUGGUACCUAGGCCUGGCAUUAGCUCCCAGCAGGUGUGGGGGGCCGAGAACCUCCUAGGACUUACACCAGGUUUAAUUUUAAGUGCCUGGCACUCCAAGAGCUAAUACCAAGAAGAAGAAGCAUCCGCCAUGCCCCACAGGCUCUCCCCAUAAUAGAGCAAUACUAUGUCUGGAGCCAGAGGCAUUUGGGAGGAAAGGUAGUAGUGGCGGCAUCUGUCCAGCACUUGUCCUUUGACUGCCAGGUACUCGGAAGAAACAAAUUAUUUGUGCCAGCACUGCUGCCUCCCCAAAGUGCUAACCUGACCCCCCAGCAAGCUUGGCAUUAUUACAAUCUUUUUAAAUUUUAAGGGCCUGGUGAUGAAGGAGAAGAACAAGGCCGGGCAGCUGCCAUAGCCACACCAUGCCACUUUCCCCUGGUGCUGUCCACCCCUGCCACUCUGUAAGCUCACUUGGGGUCACCCCAGGAUGGUGCUUUGGAGGGGCCCAGAGGCACCUUGCCCAGGACCUCCUUCAAACCUGGUGCUGAAUUUGACUCUACCAGUCCAUUAGUAGUACCUUCUCCAUGGUGAUGCCCCAAAUUUGGAACAGCUUCUUUCAUGAGGGGCACUUGGUGCUAACUUCAUUGACAUUCCAGGGUCAGACUCUGGCCUUCCUGGUUUCUCCAGACAUUUAUGAAUACUUAGUUGCUGCAGUAAUGAAUAUGUAAUUAUUGUGGUUGGAUCUGAUUAUCUGUUCUCACUAUUCAUUGUUUUCUUGUAUUGUUGGUUGGCUUAAUAAUGUUGUUACCUGCUCUGGGAUUUAUGGGAAGGGCAGGAUAUAAAUUCAUAGGUAUUAAAAACAACAGAACUCUGAUUUUCCUGUCUGAUCCUAUCUAUUCUCAGGGUGUGGAUCAUGUGCCUGAAGUGCCCUUGGAGCUAGUAAAUCUGUGUUCUAAGAGACUGGAGCAGGAACCGGGUAAAGAGCUCUUUAAGGAAUCUACCAAGUGAGUGGGGGGAUUGGGAGGAAUUUGUUUCAUAAUAUGCACAAUUCCCAGAACAGUGGUCACUGAUUAUCUAGUAGGGGCUAACUUUGCAUACAGCCUGUUGCAUCUGUAAGUGGGUUGUCACCAGCAAGCCUUGGAAUUCAUUGCUUGGAAUUCAUGUACUGUUUAUUUCCUUGCUGUAGGAGAGCCAGUGGGUGCCAUGUUGUGUAUAGGCGGCUUAUAAGGCUUAAUAAAUAUUAAUAUUUGAGUUGCUAGAUGGCUUACCCUGCUCUUGAUGGUGAAUAGAAAAGGAGUCACCCCAGCCUGUUGUGAUGCUCCUUUUGGCUUGUAUUCUAUCUCCCUUGGGAACAAUGUACUUUCAUUAGAAGUCCCAGGGCAUAGUCUGAAGGCACAUGAUGCAGCAGCCUUUGCUGAAGCCAGGCAGGUAUUAUCUGGUCAAUACCUAGAUGGAAGACUGGCUGCCUGAGAGCCAUAUGUAUACCAUCUUGAUUUCAGUAGAAGAAAGGCAGGGUUUAAAUAAGAAAGACCUACCUUUAAAACAUCUCUCACUACCUUGGCAGCAAAUAUCAGACCAGGCUUGGAUGAUUGCAGAUAACAUUGUGGUGGCACUUUGUACUGAUGGUAGUGGUGGUGCUUGGAAGCUGUGGCAGUAUCAAAAUGAAUUUUCUUAAAAGUGAGCCUUGUCUAGAGUUCCCUGUCUUUGUGCUCUUCAUCUUGCUGCAUUUGCCCAUAUAAUUCAGAUUUCUGGCCCCAGGUCUUGCUGCUGCAGCUGUGCAAAAAGCUCUGGCAGUGACCUACGUGGCCAUGGUGUAUUAACAAAGAGCCUCUGAUCUGGAGCCCUGCUUUCUCUGGCAGCCUCUGAAAAGGGAAGUAACCAUCAUAUUCCUUCCUAUUGCUCUCCAGAUUGGAUAGUAUGUUGCCUGAGCCUUCUCAAUGUCUGCUGUCUCUGGCAGUCUCCUCGCCUUAUGAUCCAAGAGCUUGUCAAAUCCCUUGAAGCGUCUCAAGCUUUAAAACUUGAUGUUCAUUUCAGCUUUUUUUUCUCCCAGAGGUGCCUCAUGUUCUGUUCUCUUUAUUUUGUGGCAUAGGGAAACCUCACUGUUUCUGAUGGGUUCCGCUUCCUUCCUCUAGGCUCAUCCAUGACUACCUUAGUGUGGCACCUUUUGCUGACUACCUUGACAGCAUCUACUUCAACCGUUUCCUGCAAUGGAAAUACCUGGAAAGGUAAAGCUCCACUUUGCUAUGGGAUCAGAGAUAGGUGUAGCUUUGCUUUUCAACCUAAUACCCUUUUGCACAUUGUAAAGAACACAUUUCAUGCCCUUGAUACUUUCACUGAUAAGUGAAAGAGAAAAUGCUAGCCGGUGACUCCUGGUCAUAUAGUGAGAACAAGUCCUCAUCAAGAUCAGUUUUUGCUUUUCAUUUUGUCAGCCUUGAAACUUGCUAACCAUGUAGUCUUAAUCCAUGCUAUAUUCUAGUUCAUCAAGCUUGUGUGUAUACUAUGCCUUGCAUAAACUGCAGAACAACGGGCUGAAUCCAGCACUUUCCAUGUGUGAGUGAAACAUGUAUGCUUGUGUAGUGAGACUUCACUUUCCUCUGCUCUUUCUUGACUCCUCUCCUUUGCAGGCCCCCAGAAUCUGCUCCAGAGGGUUGACAGAAGUCUGCUCACACCAUGUUGGAUUCUGCCCAAAAGCAGUUUUACACUGAGUGCAUGGGGGAACAGGAUAACCUUUUUAGUGGACUACUUUCAGUUCAUUCUCGUUUCCUCUGUUCUCUUCUUAGGCGGCAUGUGACCAAGAACACUUUCCGCCAGUAUCGCGUACUAGGAAAGGGAGGCUUUGGAGAGGUAUGUAGUCUGAGCAAUGCAGAGAAGGUAGCCCCACGUCUGCUUUCAAGAAUCUAUAGAGCAUGGCAUAUUUUUCUCUCACAGAAUGAGUCCUAUAUGAAGGGACUCUUGGUCACCUAAGAUGCUGAUAUCUAGAAAUAUUAGCUGAAUGUUGGGUGGCAUGUUGCUGACUGCUGUGUUAAGUAUCUUUUAUGCUCCCAAGUUUUACAUGCAGCACUUCACAAGCAGGAGAAUACUAGGAGUGAUUCAACACGACUGAGUCCUUCAACCAUUCAUUUUGGAUUUGAUUCUGAGCUCUGAGUUUGUCACCUUCUUGUUGCAGCAACAUGACAGGGAACCAAUUUUUCCAGUGAAAGUUGGGGCUUUCAUGGUGUGCCGCAAUAAACCAUUUACUUAAUCUCUAUGGUACCACAUCACUUUUGCUUUCAGUGAGAGUAAUGAUUUUGGGAUCCAAUAACCCCCUUAUCAGAACUUAUAUACUCCAAGAGUUACCUGCCCUAUUGUCAUUUAUUUGGGGUUUUUUUUCUUCCCUCAAGGUGUGUGCUUGCCAGGUGCGGGCCACCGGGAAGAUGUACGCCUGCAAGAAGCUUGAGAAAAAGCGGAUAAAAAAGCGGAAGGGGGAAGCCAUGGCCUUGAAUGAGAAGCAAAUACUGGAGAAAGUGAACAGUAGGUUUGUAGUAAGUACAUAGGAACUGCUUUACUUCUGCACUGAGGCUGAGACAGAAUGUGGCCAUGUCUUUGACUCUCUCACCCUGGUGUAGCAAUCUUGACUAAUUCAGGAGAGGACUGCAAUAUGUGGAAUCUUACCCAGAUGGCAAGAAAAGCAUAAGGCUGUUGGACUUACAUUUCUGGGCCAUAAGUCUGCAUUACUGCAUUUGCAGACUAGGAUCUGGCUGUAUGGAGAUCCCUUUAGUAAUAACCAGCUCAUACAGGUUCUUCACUUACCGGGGAUGUUGUGUGGAAGAUGCAGGGAAUCAGUCUUUUUCAUACAAUAUUAUGCAGAAAACUUUCUCUCUUAAGGUUUAAUGCAUGACCACAAAUGUGCCAUAGCUGCUUUUCCAUGGCUUUGUCUCACACUGCUACUGCAGCACUUGAAAAUUAUGGUCAUAUGAGCAGGGCCAGUUUUGUGGGCCUUUCCCACUCAGUUGUCUGCCUCUUUUAGCCAGGCAACUAUCAGGAGGGAGGAACCUACACAGUUGACUUUGCUCACAUAAUGCUGGGCUGUCAAAAUAUUGCUAUUGUAUGGCAUGAAACAAUGGGAAACCCGUCUAUGAAAGGAUUGUGAUGAUAUAAUAAAAGUACAUUACUCUGGGGUCUGGCUGGAUUUGACUGUCUCACUGAAGGGGACGAGAGUAAUAAGGGAAUAGUGCUUCAUUUAGUGCAUUUCCCCCAGCCUGGUAGCCUCCAUAUUUUUUCAACUACAACUCCCAUCAGCUCUUUGCUAAUCAGGAAUGCUGGGAAUUAUAGCCCAAAAUAUUUGAAGGGUACUGAGUCGGGGAAGGCUGCUCCAAUGGCUGUAAAGUGCCCUGGCAUCAGUUGUAGCUCUGCCAUUCUUUGUUCUCUCCAUCUGCAACUCACUAUCAUGUCGAGUCCCAUCGCUAUUAACCCUACUCCCUCCAUACUUUUCAGCUCCUCCUCACCUCUUACCCAAAAAGCUUCAUGCAAAGUUAACUCUUCCUCUACGGGAUACAUAAAUUAUCCUGCAUCUUGCUUUGAGCGUCUAUUUUGUUGUGUAUAGCUGGUGCAGAAUUGUGCCAGUUGUGUGUAGGUGCUAUGCUGUGCUUGGCUGUUCUGCUUUUCUAGUGGUUGACUUGGCUUGCUUGUGUUGUAGGUGAGUCUGGCCUAUGCAUAUGAAACAAAAGACGCCUUGUGCUUGGUCCUGACUCUCAUGAAUGGAGGGGACCUGAAGUUCCACAUUUACCACAUGGGAGAAGCCGGUUUUGAGGAGCCACGGGCUGUUUUCUACGCUGCUGAAAUCUGCUGUGGCUUGGAAGACCUCCACCAUGAGAGGAUAGUGUACAGGUGAGAACAGUCUUUUCUCCCAGGUGUAGCUGGGGUUCACACUGGGGUUUUAUGUUAACAAGGAUUUGUGCAGUAUCUUAAGCACUGCUACUAUAUUGUAAAAGCAGUUGUUCAGAAUUUAGUGAGGAAACCUCUGAGGCAGGACUAGUUUCCCAGAACUCACCAGCACAGGUUUUCAUUCUCCUUCCAAGCUGAGAAUCCAAAACAUAUCAGACUCUCAUUAAUGCCCAAGUGGAAGAAAGAAGGGGGAAAAAUUUGUACUGGGAAAGUGGCCCUGCCUCACAAAUUUCCCAUAUGUGAAAGGUAUGGCUAUAUAGUUCAUAUUUUCCUGUGAUAUUGGCAUCACUAAUUCUUGCUUAUAUGUUUUAUGGUGCUUCAUCUCUGCUAGUCCUGGAGAAGCAACCCAUUGAGGUUUAUGUCUUACACAAUCUAUUUUCCUCCAUCAGGGACCUGAAGCCAGAAAAUAUAUUGUUGGAUGACCAUGGUGAGUAAAUGUCUGUUCUAAACACUCUGGCUUCACUGCUAUCUGCAGUUUUUAUAUCAGAUUUUGUUCUGGGUUGAGGGAAAUCUGCAAACUGCACACUUGCAUGACUCACUUUCCUUUGAUAAGGUCACAUCCGCAUUUCUGACCUGGGCCUCGCAGUUUAUGUUCCGGAGGGACAGACGAUAAAAGGUCGGGUGGGAACAGUUGGCUACAUGGGUGAGUAUGCAAGAAAUGCCCUGUUGAAUUGACCGGGUUCAACAUGGAGACCAUGAAAUGCAGCAGCCAAGGACUCUGGGUAAAAGCAAUAUCUUGUCAAAGUUUGUAGUUCAGAACAAUGGUGGGUGCUAUUGUAGUAUGUUGGAAAUCCAGUGAAACUUAAACCCUAGGUUCAACAUUCUGGUAAGAUACUAGUCUCCUAAGAAGUUAAACUAUCAGUUAAAUCUUUAAGUUUGACUCAGAAAGUGCAUUUAUCUUCAUUGCUGUGUAAUCCAUUUCACUACUUCUAUUUUGGCAAUACCUUACUUGAUCCUAAGCAUUCCUUCUCUUCAAUUACAUUUGGACCCUAAGUUUUGUAGGAAAUUAGAUGGAGGUGAAUUAAUUCUUUUUACAGUGCUUAUAAAACAAACAAGCUCCUAUUGUUUCUGCAAAGCUGUAAUUUUGUACUUUGCAGUUAGCUUUGGGACUAACAUUUUCCUGGUGUCCAAAGAGCAGCAGUCUAGAUAACAAAAUUGUGCAAGAAUUGGCACCCCUUUCAAGGUGUCAGAACAAGGAUGCUUUAGAUUGGGUAGAACUGGCAAAGUAAGCAGAGUUCAGUGUUGCUUUUGACUUGUGGUGCCAUGUUCUGUACAAAUUAUUUCCUGUUACUGCAAGCCAAAAACCUGGUGGUGGUUAAAGUACAGUAUUGGUAUGGUGCCAGUUAGCCUACGUUCACUUAAUUAGUAUAUUUUGGUAGAUGUUCUACAGACAUUGACUCUUCCUUGCAUUGUUUGGCUGGAGGAGGAAAAAAGAUGGUAUUUGAGGGCAGUGUGGAAGGAUGAAGGGAGGAAUUAAACAUCAUGCUCUGUUGAACUUUCCAUCUGCACAACCUUUUAAGUUUGCCAGAUGGACCAACCUCCUCUGUUCUGGGGGUUCUCCCAUCUCCUCCUCCCACCAAGAUUGAAGAAUGCUUGGGCAGGGACAAAACUAGGCUUUAUUUCACCCAGGUCAAAGACCCAGUUUGGCACACGCACAUGCAUUUGCUCGCGCAUGCGCACACACACACACACAGAGGAAGCCUCAGUGGCGCCCCUCUGGAGGCUUCACCUGGGGCGAAAACCUGGCUAGCCGCCACCACCACGCCAUAGCUACAGCUCUGGAUUUUUUUGGGGGGGGGAGCACUUUCACCCAGUGGAAGACCUUGCACAGGGCUUCUGCUUAUGGGGAAUCAUUAGGUGAAUCCUGUCAAGGACUAAGGUAUAUUACAAAGGUGUACAUGAUGAGAUGGCUCCUCUUUGUGGCACAUCACUGAACCCUGGCUUGGGGACUGUGUUAAGCAUUCCCUUUCCUGCCUGCUGCUUCUUCUUAAAGCAGUUACAAGUACUGUACUUUACACUGCCACUACAUUAAACAUGAGAUUUGGAAUUGCACUUGGCAACACUAGCGCAAGUCUGACCAGUUCUAUUGAGCUCAUAGCUAGCUGCCUGAACAUUGGUCCACCUAGCUCAAUAUUAUCUAUGUUGAUGGGCAGUGGCUCACUAGAGUUAGUUUUUUCCAGCUGUACUUGGAGAUACUAGGAUGUGAAUCUGGGACCUGUUGUGUGCAAACUGUGUUCGCCUUCACUGAGCUACAAACUUUCCCUUAACACUCAGCACCAUGCAUUUGAAGAAUAUCCACAGGCCUGUUCAAAUGGUUCUUACUUUUGCAGCUCCUGAAGUUGUGAAGAAUGAGCGGUACACAUUCAGCCCUGACUGGUGGGCCUUAGGAUGCUUGCUAUAUGAGAUGAUUGAGGGCCAGUCUCCAUUUCAGCAGCGGAGGAAGAAGAUUAAGCGCGAAGAAGUAGAACGCCUGGUGAAGGAUGUGCAGGAAGAGUACUCUGAGAAGUUCUCACCUGCUUCCCGUUCUCUCUGCUCCAUGGUACAUAUAUUGUCUCAUCCUUAAGCUAGUUACCCUCCUUUUAGCAUUUAAAAGGGGUGCCUGCUCACCUCUAAGUGGGCUCUGGGUACGUUGAGAAAGCUGUACCUGCUCACUGGAAACUAACUUCAGAGUAGUGCAGUACACCAUAACUUUUGUUUUGCUACUAGAUCUCAUUUUGUGUGUAUGACUUCUCCAGAGCCAGAGGCAGCCAGGAAAUCAAGGCAGUGAACCUUUGUGAAAUGAACAAAAAUUGUAAAAAUACUUCUCUUCAGGGCAGUUGUAGCUUGGUAGCAGUUUAGUGUCAGACUCAGAAAACGUCAUCUCAUCUGUACUCACUAGUUCUUCAUUCCUCUUCAACCUGGCUCCUGGAACAUUUGUAUUUUCAAUAAGAGUAGGGUAUGGUGCAGUAUGGCCUAGCUGCAACUGUGACAUGAAUCUAGAUCCCUUCCUAGAUUACCUACCUACCUGGCAUCAAGCAGUUUAAUAUUUUAAGCUUUUCCUUGUCCCAUCCUGUUAAUUUAUUCUCUCAGUUAGCUUAUUGGAGCUUAAGCAAUUGAAGGAAACCUCAAUCAUAACUAGUGCAGAGGGUUUCAUUCAAGUAGGAGGUCUCUGAAGUGUCAGUUACCCAUUAAAUACACAUCAAUAGUUUCAAAAAUCCCUUCUCGUUUUUGAGUAAAUGUAAAAAGAUUGGUAGAAGAACUAAGGGUCGGGUAUGAAAUCAUGUGAGUGCUGUGUCCCAGUCAUCAAUCUUGUUGCAUACAUAACAGUCUCAGAUGUUUGGAAGAAUUAGCAAGCCUUAUUUACUUCUUUCCUCCACACUAUAACUCACUUUACAUAGCUAAGAGUUUUUGCAUCUUGCAAGAGGCUUGAAUAAGCAAUGGUUGGGAGGGAGGUUGCUUGCUCAUGUAAGAAACUUUUAUGUCCUUCAAUAUGCAGAUUGAUGUUUAAAAUAAUGCAUGCUUCCUGUGAUUAUCCAGGAUACCCUAGAAUGCAACUAUUGGACUAGACCCUUCCCCUCCAGCGGCCUUCUUUUGUCUAUCAGUGUACAAGAUAUAUUCAUUCUGUAUUGUAACUUCUGUGGAUUGUUGUCUUAAAGCCAUGGGAUUUCUGACUGGCUAGUGGAAGACGGGGUAUAAGUCUCAGAAAUAAAGCAACAGGGAUCCUUCUUGCUGUUUACUGAGCAAAUAAGGGCAUAAUAUUAAAACAAAUCCUCCCAGAUUAUUUUGAUGUCUUUUUACUUUAGAGUUGUCAUAUGUGGGGAUUUAGAAGGCCAUUUUAUUCAGUUAUUCAUAACCAGCAACUUAAGCUGUGUUUCGGGUUCAGUUGAAAAGAACCCCAUUCUACCAAUAAUGGUUCAAGUUCUGUUCCAGAAUAUUGUUCAGAAAUAACAUUUUAAGCAAUUUUCAGCUUAGGUCUGUUGCCCUUUGUAGCUAAAGCCUUCUGGCAGUACAGAGGCUUUGGUGUGACACCCUGUGCUAUGUUACAGCUCCUGUGUAAAGACCCACUGGAACGGCUGGGAUGUCGAGGUGCUGGUGCUCAGGAAGUGAAAGAGCACCCUCUCUUUAAACACUUGAAUUUCAAGCGGUUGGAAGCCGGGAUGCUCGACCCACCAUUCAAACCCGAUGUGAGUUCAGAAUGCACGUGUGUAGCAGAGUCUUCCUCGUACCACCUGUUGGUUGUGUUCAGGUGUAGGAGAAUAGCCCUUUCAUUACUCUCCUUUUUCUGCAUUCUUCUUAGCCCCAGGCUAUUUAUUGCAAGGAUGUAUUGGACAUUGAACAAUUCUCUACGGUCAAGGGGGUAGAGCUGGAGCCCACCGACCAUGACUUCUACCAUAAGUUUGCAACAGGAAGCGUCCCUAUUCCCUGGCAGAAUGAGGUAGGUGCUCUUCUACGCUUCAGGAGAAUUUCUGCUUCUGAUGGGAAGACACGCUGAGUCAUCUGCACUUGGGGGUGGGGUGCAAAGCUGUUCCAUAACUGACUGGCUGAGGUAUUGUAUAAGUAGCUAAUUUGGGACAAGUGUCAUGGAGACACCCUGUCAAUGAGGACCUGAGGAGGGAAGACCAAUAGUGAGCUCGUCAUCUUUUUAUUCUCCCCUAGAUGAUAGACACAGAGUGUUUCAAAGAGCUGAAUGUUUUUGGUUCAGAUGGAGCCAUACCGCCUGAUCUGGACUGGAAGGGACAGCAACCCAUCCAGCCCAAAAAGGGUCUCCUCCAACGUCUCUUCAGCAGACAGGUAACUUGCCUGAAAUGUGGGAAGCAGGUUUGUCUUGACAUGGGGAUCAGAAACCAGUUCUGGAAUGCUCUCUGCCCUCUCUUGGCACUGCACAGGGCUGGCCCAUCCAUGGGGCAAAAUGAAGGAAUUUUCUUGGGAAGCAUUGUCUGAUGAUGGGGCAGUAAAUGAGUGCCUCCUGCUUGCUUCAUCUGCCCUUCUUUCUCUGCCCCCACUUCCCAGGCUUUCCAUGUUUUGCUGUUCCUUACAUGGUGGCAGCCUGCUCAGCGUCUCCCUCCUCUGCCUUGCAUUUAGGAAGGGUAGGGGAGUCCUUCCUCCGAGCAACCCAGGAGAGUGCCUGCACCACUGCCACUUUCCUGGGGUGGUCUUUUAACAUUAUUUAAAAGUUUAAGCGCAGCGGUGGUAUAGGCACUUUCCUAUGCCACCUCUCUCAGUAUGUCUUGCUCUGAGGAAGGACCUCCUUGUUUUCCUGAGGCAGAGAGGAGGUGGAGGCAUGCUGCUACUGCUACUGCUGCUACUGCAUUAGCACCAGCAAAACAUUAAAAGAGAGAGAAGAGGAGAAGAGAAGAGGUGUGGAGGAGGGGUGAAGGUGUAAGAAGAGAGGUUAGCAGCUUUCCUCAAGUGGUACCAUGUCUUAUGCCAGUCCUAGCACCACUGAUCUUUCUGUAUCUAUACACCUCAGACCCAUUAGCAGGCCAGCUGCUGUAGUGGCACUCAAGCUCAGCUAGUUCAGUUUACUAACAUAAACUCCAUAAACUAUGUGACUUCCCACUUCCAGGGCAACUUUCUUUCUGAAUAACCAGAAGGACAUCUUUGGGUUUGGUACCCAAGAGGCCCUAGCUUUGUAUGUGUGAUACUUAACAUGGAUUUGUGGGUGGCUGGAAGCAUAGUCUAAUAAUUCUUGGCUUUAGACAGGCUUGCUCCUUUUGGCUCUGGACAAAUAGUUGGAAAGCAAUGUAGUCCCCCAUGUACCCAAAUGCCUCUUGUCAUGGCCAGUCCGGCCUGCCUGUUUCCCAUCCCAAAACUUCUAAGACAGCUGUGGGAGAGAAACACUUGAUAAAGUGUCAUUUGUUCUUCUCAGAAACUAGUCCCUGGACCCCCUUAUGUCUUCAUGAUUUAGAAAUAUAGCUUCUUGCACAGCACAUGUGUUUGUGGUGCUUUUUGCUUAGAAAAAAGUGUUCACUCCCAGUGCUAGGAACCUGACCUUAUUGUGGUGUGUUGUGUGAAUGAGAGCCCAUUUAAAUUGGCAUCUUCCCUCCUUUCUGUGGGCUCAUCAUUUUCCAGUAUCCCUCACCUUGGCAGUUCCUCUGGGUCUUGCUCUGGCUGCUCUGUUUGGUGGUAGUUAUCCCUGUAGGCCAGGAGAGGCCUUAGGAGAGGGCAUGGCUAUUUCUGGCCGGGCUCUCACAGCAUGUUUUCUCUUUCCAGAGGUGAGCAACCUCUUCUCUGCUGCUCUGCUCAGGAAAAUGACUACCUGGUGCCCCAAACUCCCCUGGCGGACAUGACAAGACAAGGGGAUGAGGACUCUACCUCUUCAGUGCCUCCCUCUCCUUCCCCCUCUCCCCCCUCUCCAAAAUACGCUGUUUGUUCAUUAAUAGUUCUUCAAGCCACUAAUCCUGCUUCCUGCAAAGCAUCGUGAAUGUCUUGCCUUGUUCCCUUGCCAUGGAAGCAGCUGGAUUAUUAUUUAAACAUCCCUUUUCUCCAGCUCCCAUGCCUUCUUUAUGUGGCCUUGCUAUUAAGAAUGGAAGUUUUCUCUCUCUCCCUCACGUACCCAAGAACCCCGCACACUUUUUGAGAGCUUGCUGAUGUUCUAGACAUGUCCUGCUUUCUACAGUUAGGCCAUGCUCUUAUUGCAGUUGUUCCAUUGAAGUAAUGGUUCAUCUUUCUGUGUUUAUCUGUUUCCUGCUGUGGUUUUACUAGGCCUACGUAAGACCCCACUGUUGUCCUGGGCUCACUAACAUAGAAUAAUUUCUCUUCCUGCUUCUGUACUUGGCCAUGGCCAAGUACAAUUAGAUUCCUCACAGCCCAUAAAUAGGCAUUGAAAGGGUAUGGAAAAAAGGCACAGUCUGGUUGUGAAUAAGGGAGUGUGGUAGGAGGUCCAGCAUGAUAUUCUCUCUCUCCCUCUCUAGUCCUGCAGGUUGGCUGCCAGAGAGCACUGACUGCAAGCAGCUCCACCAGCAGAUUUGGUUUUGGUGCUGAGCCCCAAAGUUCUUUUCUAAGCAAUGGUUUCUUUUUCUGUGGGACUGGGAAUAGAAUCCUGUGGCAUGUCUGCGUGUUGAAUAAUAACUGUACUCACUCUGUGCUUGCUGUGUGCUCUCCCUUUUCCCCUUGCUUUCCCCCACCCUUCCCUCCUCCUCCUGCCGCCUCCUCCUUCCUUCAUUCUCCAGGACUGUUGUGGGAACUGCAGUGAAAGUGAAGAGGAACCCACUCGCCUAUAG